AUGGCUUCAACUAGAAUACCAUUGUACCGUGUCAAAGGUACACAUUAUGAAUGUGCACAUACCAUUGGUACUAUAACACGCGAAAAAAUUCAUCAUCGCAUCGCUGAGGAUUUUGCUAGUUUAUCAGCAUUGUUUGCAUUUAUUCAAACAGAAUAUGGACUUCAAUUACAUCGAAAUUUUAUUGAAACUAUUCGUUUAUUAUAUCCAUGGUAUUGGGAUGAAAUUUGUGGUUUAGCCGAUGGUUCAGAAGUUCCAUUAGAACAAAUACUUGUUUUGAAUUUUUUAAAUGAAACCCAAACAGCCUAUAAGUUAUUAGAAGAAAAACAAAGAUUAAAUUCAACAAAUGAUAAAUCUAUCAAUGAAACUGGUGCAAAAGGUUGUACAACAGUUCUACUUAAUCGAAAAGAUACAAAUACAUUUUCAUUGUUACAUAAUGAAGAUCAUGCAGCAGCGUUAUACUUAUCUGCAUAUCUUGUUGAAGCUGAUAUUCAAUCGAGUGAAUAUGAUAAUGGAACACGUCAAAGUCCAAAUGAAAAAUUUAUUGCUUAUUGCUAUGCAGGUUCUAUUCCAGGAAAUGCUUUUGGUGCUAAUAAGUAUAGUUUUGCAUUUGCUAUGAAUGGUCUAUAUCCGAAUUAUGUUGGACAUUGUCGUUUACCGCGACAAAUAGUUAAUAGAGCUCUAUUUGCAGUACGAAAUGAAAAAGACUUAGAUAAUCUACUUCGUAUAUCCCCGGUGGCAUUUGGUUUUUGUAUCAAUGGAGCCUUUUAUCGUCAACAAAAUUAUUUACUUAAUUAUGAAAUUGGACCUAAUUUAAAGACUGAUAAUGAUAAUUAUAUAAGUAAAUGUCUUAUAAUAAAUAAUGAUCAAAAAAUAGAUCAAAGAAAUGAUGAAUGUGAAACAGCAUUAAAUUAUCUGGUACAUUAUAAUCAUUAUGAACGUUUAAAUAAAGUAAUUAUUGAACAAAAAUCUCUUCAAUCAACACAUAGUCGUUGGAGACGUGGUCAAGAAUUCGGUGAAUUAUUUACAAUUAAUGAUGCAAUCAAUUUACUCGGUGAUAAUGAAAAUGAAUCAUUUCCAAUAUUUCGAAAUUCCAGUAAAAUUGAUGAUACACUAACACUGUGUACUGUGCAUUUUAAUUUUAAUACAUCACAAUUAUUAAUCUAUCAACAUAAUCCAAAAUAUAAUAAUCAACCUUCAUUUAUUUAUAAUCUAACCGAUUUAUUUAAUUAA